CUCCACGUCUCCGAAGAACCAAAACAGUCAAUUUCUGUCAAAUUAUCACCAGCCGAAGCCUGUUGGCUUCUGCCAUUAAUGUCAUUCACGGAGAUAAUUUUCUUUCUCUGUCAUUUCUUUUCCUUUCUCUGAUUUCCCUUACAAACCCAGUGGCUGUGGUCAACUUAUAACGACGCAUUCCCUUCUUCUUCAUCUGGGUUUUGCUUAUAACCUCUGGUUUUUAAGAAAGUCGCCAUUCCUUCCAUGGAUUGAUGUUCAGGGAGAUAGAGGAAUAACUUCAUGAUUUUCAAGUACUGGAUGGUUAUAUAGUUCUGUUCUAAGAAUUUGCAGCCAUGGCAUCUACAUCUUGGUUGAAUUCACCUUCUUGCUCCAUGAUUGAAUCCUCAGAGGACAAGGCUCUUGGAGCUAUAAUCCAAUGGUCACGGUUUAUUUUCCUUUCACCCUGCCCUCAAAGGGUUUUAUUAUCCUCUAUUGAUAUCCUGUUCUUGCUCAUACUCUUAGUUUUUCCAUUGCAAAAGCUAUAUUCUCGAUUCAAAUCUGGUGGCCGGAUAAACUCCGACCUAAGCAAACCUCUCAUAGGAAACAGUAGACCUCUAAUUAGGACCACCGUCUUCUUUAAACUCUCUUUAAUCGUUUCUGGCCUGUUAACCAUUUGCUACAUUGUCUCAAGUAUCUUGACAUUUUCCUCGAGUGUUCAAUCGACAUGGAGGAUUGCAAAUGGCAUGUUUUGGUUGGUUCAAGGAUUGACUCAUGCAGUUAUUGCAAUCUUAUUAAUCCAUGAAAGAAGAUUUGAAGCUACCAAGCAUCCACUUACUCUACGAAUUUACUGGACGAUAAAUUUCAUAAUCACGUCCUUGUUUAUGGCAUCCGCAAUUAUCCGUAUGGUCUCUACCGGAGCAACUGAUGAACUCAAUUUGACUUUGGAUGAUAUAAUUUCCAUUGCCUCAUUUCCAUUAUCAUUAGUUCUUCUUUUUGUUGCCAUUAAAGGAUCAACAGGGGUUAUGGUGGCCACAGCAGCCAAUGCAGAAUUUGAUGGACAAAAUGAAUUAAUUGAAUUGGAUCCAAGUAAAUCAAAUGUUUCUUUAUUUGCUUCGGCGUCUUUUAUAUCGAAGGCAUUCUGGCUGUGGAUGAAUCCCUUGUUAUGUAAAGGUUAUAAAGCCCCUCUGCAACUAGAAGAUGUUCCAACUCUUGCACCUCAACACAGAGCUGAGAAAAUGUCAGCCCUGUUUGAAUCUAAGUGGCCUAAACCUCAUGAAAAGUCCACUCACCCAGUUCGAACCACAUUGCUCCGUUGCUUCUGGAAGGACCUUGCCUUAACUGCCAUCCUUGCUAUCGUGCGCCUUUGCGUCAUGUUCGUUGGGCCUGUCCUUAUUCAACGUUUUGUUGACUUCACUGCUGGAAAAGGGAGCUCCCCAAAUGAAGGAUACUACCUUGUACUGAUUCUUCUAGCUGCUAAGUUUUUUGAAAUUCUCACUACUCAUCAAUUUAAUUUUAACUCCCAAAAGCUUGGGACUCUCAUUCGAUGCACAUUGAUUACAUCUUUGUACAAGAAGGGAUUAAGGUUAUCAUCAUCUUCUAGACAGGAUCAUGGGGUUGGACAGACAGUAAAUUACAUGGCUGUUGAUACUCAACAGCUUUCUGAUAUGAUGUUACAAUUGCAUGCUGUAUGGUUGAUGCCAUUACAAGUUGGUGUCGGUAUGGUGCUUCUCAGUGCAUACCUCGGUCUUGCGACAGUUUCUACACUGGUUGCACUUGUAGGCGUUCUUCUAUUUGUUGUGUUCGGCUCUAAGCGAAACAAUAAGUUCCAAUUCAAUGUAAUGAGGAAUCGUGAUUUGAGAAUGAAGGCAACGAAUGAGAUGCUUAAUUACAUGCGUGUGAUAAAGUUUCAAGCGUGGGAAGAGCACUUCAAUGAUAGAAUUCAAGAUUUUCGCAAAUCGGAAUUUGACUGGCUGACCAAGUUCAUGUAUUCAGUCUUUGGGAACAUUAUAGUCAUGUGGAGUGCACCAGUCAUCAUGUCAACUCUCACCUUUGGGACUGCUCUACUGUUAGGCAUAAAACUUGAUCCUGGGACAGUGUUCACAACGACAACCAUCUUUAAGAUAUUGCAGGAGCCUAUCCGGACUUUUCCUCAAUCUAUGAUCUCACUUUCACAAGCAAUGGUAUCACUUGGGAGGCUGGACCGGUUCAUGUUGAGCAAAGAGUUGGUUGAAGCUUCAGUUGAAAAAACUGAAGGAUGUCAUGGCAAUAUUGCUGCGGUAGUUGAAAAUGGCGUAUUUAGCUGGGAUGAUGAUGCGAAUGGUGUAGUAGUUUUGAAAGAUAUAAAUUUGAAAAUUAAGAAGGGAGAGCUUACCGCCAUCGUUGGGACUGUGGGAUCUGGAAAAUCCUCUAUCUUGGCUUCGAUUCUUGGCGAGAUGCAUAAAAUGUCUGGAAAGGUUCAUGUUUGUGGAACUACUGCUUAUGUUGCUCAAACAUCAUGGAUUCAAAAUGGCACCAUUGAAGAGAAUAUCCUAUUUGGUUUGCCUUUGAACAGACAGAAAUAUAGGGAGGUUAUCAGGGUUUGUUGCUUAGAGAAAGACUUGGAAAUGAUGGAGUAUGGUGAUCAGACUGAGAUCGGUGAGCGUGGCAUAAACCUCAGUGGCGGGCAGAAGCAGCGGAUACAACUUGCCCGAGCUGUAUACCAGGACUGUGAUAUCUAUCUUCUUGACGAUGUAUUUAGUGCGGUUGAUGCUCAUACUGGAUCUGAAAUUUUUAAGGAAUGUGUAAGAGGAAUUCUCAGAGGCAAGACCGUUAUUCUUGUUACCCAUCAAGUCGAUUUCUUGCACAAUGUCGAUAUAAUCUUCGUAAUGAAAGAUGGGAUGAUUGUGCAAUCUGGAAAAUACAAUGAGCUAGUAGAGGGUGGGAUGGAAUUUGGAGCUCUAGUUGCAGCACAUGAGAGCUCCAUGGAAAUUGUGGAUAACUGCAAUCCUAUGCUUGAAGUUUCUUCUCCCAAACCUCCUCAGUCACCUUCCCAGCACCACAGGGAAGGGAAUGGUGAAAAAAGCCACGAUGAUCAACCACAGUCUGAUAAGGGUUCAUCAAAACUCAUCCAAGAUGAGGAGAGGGAAACUGGGAGUGUCAGCUUGAAUGUUUACAAACUUUAUUGCACUGAGGCUUAUGGAUGGUGGGGAGUAGUAUUGGCCUUGUCACUCUCCCUAGCGUGGCAAGCAUCUAUGAUGGCAGGUGAUUAUUGGUUGGCAUAUGAAACUUCAGCGGACCGCGCUGCAACCUUCAAUCCUUCAUUGUUUAUUUCUGUGUAUGCGGUGAUUGCUGUUGUUUCAGUCGUGUUGGUGGUUUCAAGAUCUCUUACUUUUGUGAUCAUAGGGCUUAAGACAGCCCAGAUUUUCUUUUCACAAAUUCUUAAUAGCAUCUUACAUGCCCCCAUGUCAUUUUUUGACACCACGCCAUCCGGAAGAAUACUAAGUCGAGCCUCAAAUGAUCAGACGAACAUUGAUUUGUUCAUCCCCUUCUUCAUGACUGUUGCUACUGCAAUGUACAUUACAGUACUCAGUAUCUUCAUUGUCACAUGUCAAUAUGCUUGGCCUACAGUUUUCCUAGUGAUUCCACUUCUAUUUCUUAACGUUUGGUACCGGGGAUACUACCUUGCUACGUCUCGCGAAUUGACUCGUCUCGACUCGAUAACAAAAGCCCCAGUGAUUCAUCACUUCUCAGAAAGCAUACAAGGAGUUAUAACUAUCCGCUCUUUUGGAAAACAAGAUAAGUUUUGCAAAGAGAAUGUUAAACGAGUUAAUGAUAAUUUGCGUAUGGAUUUCCACAAUUAUGGAUCGAAUGUGUGGUUGGGAUUCCGUUUGGAGAUGCUAGGAAGUCUAGUGUUUUGCAUUUCAGCAUUGUUCUUGAUCAUACUACCUAGCUCCAUUAUCAAGCCCGAAAAUGUCGGUUUGUCGUUGUCGUAUGGAUUGUCUUUGAAUAGUGUCAUGUUCUGGGCCAUAUACAUGAGCUGCUUCAUUGAAAACAAAAUGGUGUCUGUCGAGAGGGUGAAGCAAUUUUCUGUCAUACCACCAGAAGCGGAAUGGAAAAUUAAAGACUCUCUUCCUUCCCCAAAUUGGCCUUCCCAUGGAAAUGUUGAUCUCAAAGAUUUGCAGGUUCGAUAUCGGCCAAACACUCCUUUAGUCAUUAAGGGUAUUACUUUAACCAUCUAUGGAGGAGAGAAGAUCGGUGUCGUUGGUCGAACGGGGAGUGGGAAAUCAACUCUAGUCCAAGUGUUGUUCAGACUAGUGGAACCUACAGGAGGAAAGAUAAUUAUUGAUGGCAUUGACAUAGCCACGUUGGGGCUUCACGAUCUCAGGUCUCGGCUCGGGAUCAUUCCGCAAGAACCAGUUCUUUUCGAGGGGACGGUGAGAAGCAAUAUCGAUCCAGUUGGUCAGUAUUCUGAUGAAGAGAUAUGGAAGAGCUUGGAUCGGUGCCAACUCAAAGACGUCGUGGCUUCAAAAACCGAAAAACUAGAUUCUCCAGUUGUUGACAAUGGAGAAAACUGGAGCGUGGGGCAGAGGCAGCUUCUCUGCCUAGGAAGGGUAAUGCUAAAGCGCAGUAGGCUUUUGUUCAUGGACGAAGCAACUGCAUCGGUCGACUCGAAAACCGAUGCUUUGAUUCAAAAGAUCAUCCGAGAGGAUUUCGGGAUGUGUACGAUCAUAAGCAUAGCCCACAGAAUUCCCACAGUCAUGGACUGCGACCGAGUUUUGGUUAUUGAUGCAGGAAAAGCAAGAGAAUUUGAUAGUCCCUCUCAGCUGAUUCAGAGGCCAUCACUUUUUGGGGCAUUGGUUCAAGAGUAUGCCAACCGCUCCUUAGACCUCUAAGCGGACUGCUUUGCAAUUUGGUUAGGCUUCUUGAUGUCGAGUCUCGAGCAGCAACGCAAGCCGUAAAGAACGCGAGCUCGGGUUUUGUUUCGGAUGAGUAGAAAAUAGUGAUGGAAAAAGAAAUCAAGCCUAUCCUUCCAAAGAUUAAUCAGGUAUAGCAACCCUUCACAAUAUUGGCUUUGGCCAUUGGUAUGAUUCUAUUGGGAGUAUUUGGCCAAAGUUUUAUUAUUAAUUUUGUCACUAUUUUUGUUUUAAAAAUAUGUGUAAGAUUAGAAUUCUUAAUUUGAUACUUACAAAAUUUUUAAUUAUUUAGUAUAAAUUAACAAAUUCA